GGGAAGAAGGCAAAGGGGGGAGGCUAGAGAGGGAAGGUGAGGCUGGAAAGCCCAGCUCCUCCUCCUCCUGGGGACCCCCCUCUGCCCUCCCCUGCCCUCCCUUCCCUGCUGGGGAUCCAGUCCGGGUUUUCCCCUCCCUCUUGCCUGCCUUGCCUUGCCUCCUUUCCUCCUCCUCCUCCUUCUUCUUCGGGGAGCGGCUGAGAUUGCGGAGGGCAACCCUUCCACCGAAGGGGAAGCAGAAAGAAAGAAGGAAAGAAAAAGAAAGAAAGAAAGAAAGGAGCUCCUCUUCCUCCGAUGGGACCCCCCAGGAGCAGCAGCAGCAGCAGCAGCAGGCGCCCCCUCCUCCUCUUCCUCCUCUGCUUCCUUCUCUUCUUCUUCCUCGACGUCACUCAGGCCUCCAAGCGGCCGGACGAAGCCUCCUUCCCAGAAGACACAGAAUCGGAAGCUGUCCAUCGGCGAUGGAGGAGCUACGCUGACCUCUCCGACGACGAGGAUCUGUUGGCGGAUGAAGCGUCCGGAGAUGGUUAUGGAAGCGGAGAGAACGGCAGCGGCACCGUUUCCCCCGAGAAGCCUCUCCCCUCCGUCAGUCCGCUUUUCCCAACAGACCACCCUCCGUUUCCUCCUCCUUCUUCUUCUCCUCCUCCUCCUCUUCCUCCGGAGGGUCUCCCUCCUCCUGCCGGCAUGACCUCCGAAACAGACGAUGAGGCUCCCCUCAUCUACUUCCGGGCCUUGGUGAACUUCACAAAGUCCAUCGACUACAGUCCGCGGCUGGACGACGUCAACUCCGAAGAGUUUCGGGAUGUUUCCGAAGCGGUUGUGGACACGCUGGAGUCCGAAUACUACAAAAUCCCCGGCGAACAGGUGGUCAGCGUGGUCUUUAUCAAGGAAAUCAACGGCUACGUUUUCGUGGAGCUGGACGUCGGCUCCGAAGGCAAUGCGGACGAGGACCAGAUCCGGGAGGUGCUCUUCUCCGUCAUUGAAAGCGGCUCCAUCGCUUCCUAUGUCACAUCCACAACUGGUUUCCAGUUCCGGAGACUGGGAACAGUGCCCCCGGAAGUGCGCGCCUGCACCUUCGAGGAGUUCUUGUGCCGCAGCAGGGAAUGCAUACCCAGGGAGUUCCUCUGCGACCGGCGGCCGGACUGCCGCGACAUGUCGGAUGAACUGGACUGCGGUGAGCCAACUGCGCCCGAGUGCGCUGAAGACGAGUUCACUUGCGACAGCGGGGAAUGUGUCCUUAAACUAUACCGCUGUGAUGGACACGCCGAUUGCGGGGAUGCCUCCGACGAAGACGGCUGCGAUCUCACAACGCCUCCGCCUCCCACCUCCUCGCUGCGCCCGAUGACCACCCGCAUCCCUGCCACUACUUUGUCCCCGGUGACCACCCGCCGAGCGCCGGUCACUUCCCCGCCUCGGGUGGGCGCCGCCAAGCCCUCGCUGCCCUCGGAGCUGCGCCCAUGCCGGAAAGACGAGGCCGUCUGCUCCAACAAGCAGUGCAUCCCCCGCGAAUACGUCUGUGAUGGAGAGAGGGAUUGCCGCGACGGCAGCGACGAACUGAACUGCGGGACACCCAGCCCCUGCGAACCCAAUGAGUUCAAGUGCCAAAAUGGCCACUGCGCCCUCAAACUCUGGCGCUGUGACGGCGACUACGACUGCAUGGACGGCUCCGACGAACUCAAUUGCCCCACAAAGGGUCCUGGGGACACCUGCGGCCCCGGUCAGUUUGUCUGUGUGUCCACCCGCAACUGCAUCCCGGCCAGCUAUCAGUGCGACGAAGAAGCCGAUUGUCCGGAUCGCUCCGACGAAAUCGGAUGCAUCCCGCCACAGGUCAUCACUCCCCCGGAAGAGUUCAUCCAGGCCUCCCCUGGAGACACGGUGCGCUUCACCUGCGUGGCGGUCGGCGUGCCCACGCCCAUCAUCACCUGGAGGCUCAACUGGGGACAUAUCCCCAGCAGCCGCAGGGUGUCCAUCUCCAGCAAGGACGGUCGAGGGACCCUGGUCAUCCAGGACGUCAAAGAGGCUGACCAGGGAGCCUACACCUGUGAGGCCAUCAACGCCCGCGGCAUGGUCUUUGGCAUCCCUGACGGUGUGCUGAGCCUUGCGCCUGGACGAGGGCCUUGCCCAGAAGGGCACUUCCACAUCGAAAGCACAGGUCAAUGCCAGCCUUGCUUCUGCUUUGGGGUCACCAAGUCGUGCCGCAGCACCAGCCGACACCGGAACCAGAUCCGCUUGCGUUUCGACACACCGGACGAUUUCAAAGGGGUCAAUGUGACGAUGCCUUCACAACCUGGAACACCUCCACUUUCCUCGACGCAACUCCAGAUCGAUCCAAACUUGCAGGAGUUCCAGCUGGUUGACCUUUCGCGCCGCUUCCUGGCGCACGAUUCCUUCUGGACACUUCCAGGGCAGUUUUUGGGGAACAAGGUGGACUCCUACGGCGGCUACCUCCAGUUCAAGGUGCGCUAUGGCUUGGCGCGCGGCCCGUCCGAUGCAGUCCAGAGGCCCAGCGUCGUCAUUGUGGGGAAUGGGCAGAAGCUGACCUACCGGGCACAAGUGCCCACCCAGCCCUCUGUGGUCAACCAGCGGCAGGUCCAGUUCACCGAGGAGAAUUGGGAGACGGAGUCUGGGUCCCCCGUGAGCCGCGAAGAGCUGCUGGUCACUUUGCAGAAGCUGGAGGCCAUCAUGAUCCAGACCGUCUACGACAACCGCAUGGCCAGCGUGGGGCUGAGCGACAUUGUCAUGGACACCACUGCCACCGAGGUCACCGGCCUGGGAGUGGCCCAAGGAGUCGAGGAGUGCAGGUGUCCCAUUGGCUACUCUGGCCUUUCGUGCGAGAGCUGUGCCCCUCAAUUCAAGCGUGUGCCCGGUGGUCCGUACUUGGGCACCUGCUCCGGCUGCAGCUGCCAUGGGCACUCCAGCUCCUGCGACCCGUUUUCCGGAUACUGUCUGAACUGCCAACACAACACUGAGGGACCCCAGUGCGACAAAUGCAAGCCGGGUUUCUUUGGGGACGCCACCAAAGGGACCCCCACAUCAUGCCUCCCUUGCCCCUGUCCUUACACAGAGCCCCCUCGCAGGUUUUCCAGCACCUGCUUCUUGGACACAGACGGACAAGCGACUUGCGACGCCUGUGCGCCGGGAUACACAGGACGCCGAUGUGAGAGAUGCGCUCCUGGCUACGAAGGCAACCCCAUCCAGCCUGGCAGCAAGUGCAUGCCAACCGGGCAACAGAUUAUCCGAUGCGAUGAGCGAGGCAGCAGCGAAGCUUCAGAUGGCGCAUGUCGGUGCAAGCCCAACGUCAUGGGACGACUCUGUGACGAAUGCGCAACGGGGUCCUUCCACCUCAGCCACAGAAACCCAGAUGGCUGCCUCCGCUGCUUCUGCAUGGGCGUCUCGCGCCAGUGCGCCAGCUCUUCGUGGAACAGAGACCAGGUGCGAGUGGCAUACGAAGAUGCCGAGAGGGCCCAGUUUGGCCUCUCCAACGCCGUUGGCACCCGGACUUCCAGCGAGGGCAUCCGCUUCACGGGGCCAUCUGAGUUCGCUUUCUCCUCCUUCCACACGUUGCCAAGGGAUGUCUAUUUCUGGGUGCUUCCGGAGCGUUUCAGGGGAGAUAAGGUGACCUCCUACGGCGGAGAGCUGCGCUACACCGUCACCCACGACGUCUUCCCCGGCGCCCCUCUGCUGCGCAACCAGCCUGACGUUUUGCUGCAAGGGAAUGGCAUUUUCCUGGAACACAGGGUUGAAACGGUCCCUUUGCCUGGGGUGCCCACCGCCUUCGCAGUGCCUUUCCGGGAGCAAUCCUGGCGCCGCGCAGAUGGCCAGAAUGCCACUCGCGAACACCUCCUGAUGGCUUUGGCCGACAUCGACCUUUUCAUGAUUCGGGCGUCUUACUCUGAGCGGCCAUCAGAGAGCAGGAUUUCGGGCAUCCACAUGGAUGUGGCCGUGCCACAUUCGACAGGCCGGGACCCAGCAUUGGAAGUGGAGGAAUGUGCAUGCCCACCAGGAUACCGCGGACCUUCCUGCCAGGAUUGCGAUGUCGGCUAUGCGCGCACUACCAGCGGCCUCUAUUUGGGCACCUGUGAGCUUUGCAAUUGCAGCCGGCAUGCGACUGAAUGUGACGCGGAGACUGGAGACUGCCAGAAUUGCCAACACAACACCGAAGGACCCCGAUGUGAGCGCUGCCAGCAGGGCUUCUAUGGCGAUGCCCGCCGCGGGACCCCCGGAGACUGCCAGCCGUGCCCCUGCCAUGGACCUUACUCUGCCAGCCAGGACCUCAGGACCUGCUUUCUGGACACGGACGGGCAGCCCACCUGCGACUCCUGCCCCCCGGGAUACGUUGGGCGGCAGUGUGAACGGUGUGCUCCAGGGUAUGUGGGGAACCCCAGCCGAGGGCAGCCUUGUACAGUUCCAGGCUCUAGGUGCCGCUGCGACCCCAAAGGCAGCCUGGGCAACCAUUGUGAUGCCAGUGGGCAGUGCCAGUGUAAGGCCAACGUGGAGGGUCUCUCCUGCAGCUCCUGCCGCCCGCAUCACUUCCACCUGAGCGCAGAGAACCGGGACGGCUGCCUUCCUUGCUUCUGCAUGGGGGUCACCCAGCAGUGCACCCAUUCCUCCUACCACCGGGACUUGGUCGCCACUCCUUUCUUCCCUGGCAACUUCCAGGGAUUUGCCAUGGUCAACCGGCAACACAGUGCCCGCGUCCAGACAGGCUUCAUGGUGGAGAUGUCCCCCGAGGGACCGCAGCUCUCCUACGGACGCUUCGGACAGCUGGGCCAAGAGUCCUACUACUGGCAGUUGCCGGAGAUCUACCUGGGGGACAAGGUUGGCUCCUACGGCGGCCGCCUUCGGUAUACUCUUUCCUACAACGCUGGUGGAAGAGGCACCCCGUUGCCGGAUGCCGAUGUGCAGAUCACUGGAAACGACAUCACCUUGGUGGCUUACCUGUCUGAGCUCAGGCCCCGGGAACGCAAGAGCUUUGAGGUCGUCUUCCGGGAGCAAUUCUGGAAGCGUCCGGACGGUCAGUCGGCCACCCGGGAACACCUGAUGAUGGCUCUGGCCGACCUGGACGAGAUCCUCAUCCGGGCCACUUACUCCACGGACAUGCUCUCAGCGGGCAUCACCGGCGUCAGCAUGGAGACGGCCGUACCCACCUACACCAGCCUGCCUCGGGCUCUGGAGGUGGAAGAGUGCCGGUGCCCACCUGGGUACCAAGGGCUUUCCUGCCAGGACUGUGCCGCCGGUUAUACCCGUACUGGGGGCGGCCUCUACUUGGGCAACUGUGCGCUGUGUGAAUGCAAUGGGCACUCCGACUCCUGCCACCCAGAGACCGGGGCCUGUUCGAACUGCUUGCACCAUGCUGCCGGUGAAUUCUGUGAACAGUGCGCCCCUGGCUUCUAUGGCGAUGCCACAGCCGGCACCCCUGAGGACUGCCAGCCCUGCGCCUGCCCAUUGCCCAAUCCUGAGAACCAAUUUUCCCGGACGUGCGAGAGCCUUGAAGGCGGAGGGUACCGCUGCACUGCCUGUGACCCGGGCUACACAGGGCAAUACUGUGAACAGUGUGCUGCAGGUUAUGUGGGGAACCCCAACAUCCGAGGACAGAAGUGUGUACCUCUGGGCCGUCCAGACCAGCCACCCCUCAUUGUGCAAGUGCACCCGCCACGUUCGGCCGUCUCUGAAGGCAGUGCAGUGACCCUCCGCUGCCACGUUAGUGGGGCACCUCCCCAUUAUUUCUACUGGUCCCGGGAAGAUGGGCGCCCAGUGCCAAGCACUGCCCAGCGGAGGCAGCAAGGUGUGGAGCUCUACUUCCCUAGCAUCCAGCCCUCCGAAGCCGGCGUCUACGUUUGCACCUGCCGCAACCCACUGUACACCAACACCAGCCGGGCCGAGGUGGUCGUCACAGAGUCCCCCAGCAAACCCAUCACAGUGACGGUGGAAGAGCAGAAGGUGCAGAGCGUCAGGGCCGGGGGCGAUGUGACCUUCGUUUGCACAGCAAAGAGCAAGUCCCCUGCGUACACCUUGGUCUGGACGCGGCAGAACAACGGGAAGCUGCCCAGCCGGGCCAUGGACUUCAACGGCAUCCUGACCAUCCGCAACGUCCAGCCAGAGGAUGCUGGGAUUUACAUCUGCACCGGUUCAAAUAUGUUCGACAUGGAUGAAGGCAUUGCCACCCUCUACGUCCAAGCUCCAUCCAAGACCCAGAUGUUCUAUGGACCUGUAGAAGUGGUAGAAGGCCACAGGCCCUUCACAGCAGCCGUCCAGCCGAUGGCCACCAUUGAGCCCUCCCAGCUGAGCGUCCAGCCAGGACAGCCGGCCGAGUUCCGCUGCAUCGCGACCGGAAGCCCAGAACCCACCGUGGAAUGGAUCGGAGGACCUGGGGGCGUUAUUUCUCCCAAGGCCAUUAUUCAGGGCCCCAUCCUUCGCUUCCCAGCAGCUGAGCCUUCCGACGAGUCCCAGUACUUGUGCCGCGUGCGCAACAGCGCUGGACAACACAUGGCCCGGGCGUUCCUGCAAGUGCACAGCGCCAGUGUGCCGCAAGUCCAGGUGAGCCCAGAACGGACAGAGGUGCAGGAGGGCAGCACUGUUAGGCUGUACUGCCGGGCCGCCGGGUCCCCUGUGGCCUCCAUCACCUGGGAGAAGCAAGGCGGCAGCUUGCCCCCACAGUCUCGUGCGGAGAGGACAGACAUCGCCACUUUGGUGAUUCCUUCCAUCACGGUCGCUGAUGGAGGGGUCUACUUGUGUGUAGGUAGCAGUCCUUCAGGGGUCGGCCGAGCGAGGAUCGAGGUGGUGGUCCUCCGAGCUGCUGGGAUGUCACCGACGGUCAAGAUCGAGUCUUCAUCCUCCUCCGUGGUGGAAGGACAGACCCUGGACCUGAACUGCAUCGUGUCCAGCCAGUCCACGGCUCCCGUCACGUGGUACCGCCGAGGGGGAGCCCUGCCAGCCAACCAUCAGGUCUAUGGCCCCGUCCUGCGCCUUCUGCAGAUCUCUGCCGCCGACUCGGGCGAAUAUGUCUGCCGCGUCAGCAACGAUGCUGGACCCAAGGAAGCCUCGAUCACGGUUAUCGUCCAACACGGACACGGUUCCUCUCAUGAUGCUCCUCCGGUCAGGAUCGAAUCCGCUUCGCCGUCUAUCACCGAGGGCCAAGCCUUGGACCUGAACUGCGUUGUUGCCAGCCAGUCGCGGCCAAGGGUCACUUGGUACAAACGUGGAGGGUCACUCCCGGCCAACCACAAGAUUUUUGGCUCCCACCUGCGCAUCCCAGAAGCCACAGCGUCUGACUCGGGAGAAUACGUCUGCCGGGCCAGCGGGGCUGAUGGCGUGGUCCAAGAGGCGUCCAUUGUGGUCACCAUCUACAGCACCUCGCAAACCUCAGGGGUCACUCCUCCACUGAGGAUCGAGUCCUCAUCCCCCUCCGUUGUGGAAGGACAGACUCUGGACCUGAAUUGCGUGGUGGCGGGCCAGACGCAGACCACUGUGACGUGGUACAAGAGAGGGGGGUCUCUCCCCCCCGGUCACCAGGUCUCUGGCUCCCACCUCCGCAUCCCCCAGGCCUCUCCGGCCGACUCAGGUGAAUACAUCUGCCGGGUCAGUCUGGAUUCGAUCGUCAGGGAGACCUCUGUCCUCGUCUCCACCACUGGAUCCUCUUCCGACUUAAGUAUCACUCCUUCCAUGCGGAUUGAGGCCUCCUCCCCACAUGUCGCUGAAGGGCAGACCCUGGAGCUCGACUGUGUCAUCGCCCGACCGGAGCAUUCAACCGUUACGUGGUACAAGCGUGGUGGCGCCCUGCCAGCCAACCACCAGACCUUUGGAUCCCGGCUGCGGUUGGUCAGGGUCACUCCGGCCGAUUCUGGCGAAUACAUUUGCCGCGUCACGUACGACGCCGUGUCCUCCCAGGAAGCCUCUGUCUUUGUCACCAUCCACCACGGUGGCACCGACUCUUUCCCUGCUGGGGUGACUCUGCCAGUGCGGAUCGAGUCUUCCUCGACUUCUCCGGCCGAGGGCCACACGCUGGACUUGAAGUGCAUCGUCGCCAGCCCUGUUUCUCAGGCCAGGGUGACCUGGUACAAGCGAGGAGGGGUCCUCCCUGCCAGGCACCAGAUCUCGGGUCUCCUCCUACGCAUCCCUCAGGCUUCAGCUGCUGACUCCGGGGAGUACGUCUGCCGCGUCUCCAACGGCACGGCGGUCCAUGAAGCCUCCUUGAUUGUCACCAUCCAGGGCGGGCAGGACUCUUCCUAUUCUGUCGGGGUCACUCCGCCAAUCCGGAUUGAGACCUCCUCGGCCUCCCUUGUCGAGGGACAGACUGUGGACCUGAACUGCCUGGUGGCCGGUCAGUCCCAGGCCAGGGUCAUGUGGUACAAGCGAGGGGGCGCCCUGCCGGUCAACAGCCAGAUCCUGGGAUCCCGCCUCCGAAUCCUACAAGCCACGGCGUCAGAUUCGGGCGAGUACGUCUGCUACGUCAGCGAUGGGGCUGCGCCACUGGAGGCCUCGGUUAUCGUCAACAUCCCUAGCAGGAAUGGUUUGGCUCCAGCUCCUGGGGUUGUACCCCCGGUGCGGAUCGAGUCCUCUUCCACUUCGCUUGCGGAAGGACAGAUGCUGGAGCUCAACUGCCUUGUGGCCGGACAGCCGCAGCCCAAAGUCACCUGGUUCAAGAGAGGAGAGCCUCUUCCGCCCAACCACCAGGUCUCUGGCACCCGCCUGCGCAUCCCCCAGGUCUCCUCGGCCAAUUCAGGGGAGUACGUCUGCCGGGUCAGCGGCCCCACGGUCACCCAGGAGGCCGCGCUGGUGGUGACCGUCCAAGAUGGAGAGAGCCCCUCUCACCCGUCCGGCGCUCUGAGGAUCGAACCUUCGUCAUCCUCUGUUGUGGAAGGGCAAAGCUUGGAGCUCACAUGCAUCGCCCCCGAGCAGCCACACACCACCUUCAUGUGGUAUCGACGGGAGGGUCCCCUGCCCACCGGUCACCGGAUAGCCAAUGCUCGCCUGCUGCUCAUCCAGCUCACCCCAUCCGACUCGGGGGAAUACGUCUGCCGGAUGACCAGUGGAGCUCAUCCGCAAGAGGCUUCCUUCACGGUCUCCGUCUUGGCCAGCGCCAGCGCAGCCUCACGUCUGCAGAGCCCCAUCAUCUCCAUUGACCCUCACAGCACCGCUGUGCGCAAAGGGGCCAACAUCUCCUUCAAGUGCCGCAUCCAUGACGGGGCUCAACCCAUUGAGAUCUCCUGGAAGCUGCCCAAGAACCAGGUGCAAGAUAACGUGAAGAUCAGCCCCAAUGGAUCUGUGGUCACUGUCUCCAAUGCCCAGCCCCAGAACCAGGGCCCCUACCGCUGUGUGGCAUCCAAUCGCUUUGGGAUCGCCAACAGUGUGGUCAACCUGAUGGUGCAAGGGCCCCCCACAGUCUCAGUGAUCCCCCAGGGCUCUCUGCAAGUGAAGGCCGGCAAAUCCAUCAGCCUGGACUGCUAUGGCUCCGGCGAACCCCGGCCACUUGUGCGAUGGAGCAGGGUGGGUGUCCGGCAGAAGGUGGAGCACCAGACGCUCAUGCCCCUGGAGGGCGUCGCCGUGCUGAGGAUCCCAUUUGCCAAGCUGGAAGACGCCGGCACCUACGUCUGCAUGGCGCAGAACAGCCUGGGCACAGCGGAGGUGCAGGUGGAGGUGAGCGUGGAGGCCAGCCACGGGAGGCCAGGGGUGCCCGAAAUCCAUGCGCAUCCGACGCAGACCGUGGUGGCUGGGGAGACAGCGCGGCUCCAUUGCUCUGCCACAGGCCAGCCCACUCCCACCAUCCACUGGUCCAAGCUGAGGGCCCCCUUGCCGUGGCAGCACCAGAUCGUGAAUGACACCUUGGUCAUUCCCCGCGUGGCCCAACAAGACUCUGGCCAGUACAUCUGCAAUGCCACCAACUCCGCUGGCUUCACUGAGGCCUUCAUCAUGCUGGAUGUGGAGACGCCACCAUAUGCCACCAGCCUCCCAGACGCAGCCACGGUGCAAGCAGGAGACGUGGUGCAGCUGCAAUGCCUGGCACACGGCACGCCGCCCCUGCGCUAUGAGUGGACCAAGGUCAACGGCAGCCUCCCUGGACACGCCGUGGUGCGCGAGGGCAUCCUGCACAUGCGCCCCACCACACCUCAUGAUUCGGGGACGUACCGCUGCCACGUCAGCAACCGGGUGGGCUCUGCUGAAGCUCUGGCCCAGGUCCGGGUGCAAGGUGCCCCUGGAGAAGGACCGCUCUCUGUCCAGGUGACCCCACAGAGCGACACAAAGGCCAUUGGCGGGACGGCAGAGUUCGUGUGCUCCGUGGCUGGAGACCCCCGGGCACAGAUUGAGUGGUUCAAAGAGGACGGAGAGCUGCCCGCCAGCCACAGCAUCAACAACGGUGUGCUCAGGAUUGAGAAGCUGGACCGGAGCUGCCAAGGGGUUUACGUCUGCCGAGCAAGUGGCCCCUCUGGCCAGGCCCAGGACAGGGUCAGGCUGAUGGUCCAGGCCCUGCCCAAAGUGAUGAUCAACAUUCGGACGUCGGUGCAGACAGUCCUGGCGGGGAAUGCCGUGGAGUUUGAGUGCUUGGCAUUUGGAGACCCCAAGCCUCAGGUCACUUGGAGCAAAGUUGGGGGGUGGCUGCGGCCGGGAGUGCUGGUGAACGGCGGCAUGGUGAAGAUCGAGCGGGUGGAGCAGAGCGACGCCGGGCAGUACCGCUGCACAGCCACCAACAAUGUUGGCACGGUCCAGUCCCACAUCAUCCUGCAUGUCCAGUCUGUCCCUCAAAUCGCAGCACAGCCUGAAGUCAAGGAGGUCUCUGCGGGAUCCACAGUGGUCUUCCCCUGCUUGGCCUCUGGCUUCCCUGUGCCAGACAUCGCCUGGACAAAGCUGGAAGGAGACCUCCCCGAAAAUGUUCGCAUAGAGGGUAAUGUCCUGAGCAUCCCCUCCGCCCAGCCGGAGGACACAGGCAUUUACGUCUGUACCGCGUCCAACCGGCAAGGGAAGGUGACGGCCUUCUCCAUGCUCAAAGUGCGAGAGCGGGUGGUUCCCUAUUUUACCCAGAGUCCUCAGUCCUUCCUCGUCCUGCCCACCAUGAAGGAUGCCUACAAGACCUUUGCCAUUGAGAUCACCUUUCGGCCAGAGACACCUGAUGGGAUGCUGGUGUACAACGGGCAGAAGAAGAACACGGGCACCGACUUUGUGUCCUUUGGACUGGUGGGGGGCCGACCAGAACUCAGGUUCGAUGCCGGCUCUGGUAUGGCCACCAUCCGCCACCCUUCCCUCAUCAAGCUGGGCGAGUUCCACACCGUGCGGCUCUACCGCAACCUCACCCAGGGCUCCCUUGUGUUGGAUGACCACCCGCCCGUGAAUGGCACGUCCCAGGGCAAAUUCCAAGGUCUGGACCUCAAUGAGGGGCUGUAUCUGGGCGGGUAUCCCAAUUACGCCGCCGUCGCCAAGACUGGCCUCAGCAGCGGCUUUAUCGGUUGUGUGCGGCAGCUGAUCAUCCAAGGGAAGGAGGUUAUCUUUAAAGAUCUUGACCUGCAGGCCCACGGCGUCUCCAAUUGCCCCACCUGCCAGGACCGGCCAUGCCAGAAUGGAGGCGUCUGCAGGGACUCGGACAGCAGCAGCUAUGUGUGCGAGUGUCCAGAGGGCUUUGCUGGGAGCAACUGCGAACACCCCCAGGCCCUGCGCUGCCAUCCAGAUGCUUGUGGUCCUGAUGCCACCUGCAUCAACCGAGCCACUGGACAGGGCUAUACUUGCCGCUGCCUCCUAGGCAAAUAUGGGGAAAAGUGUAUGUCAGGUGUCACAGUGACCACUCCCCACUUCCACGGGGGCAACGCCUUCAUCUCAUAUCCACCCCUCACCAACAUCCACUACGAGCUGCGUGUGGAUGCUGAAAUCAUGCCGCUGUUCCCCGAUGGCCUCAUACUCUUCAGCGGAGGCGACGGCAGCCCUGUGGCGGACUUUGUCUCUCUCAACAUGGUCAAUGGGCACUUGGAGUUCCGCUAUGAGCUGGGAUCAGGCACGGCGAUCCUUCAGAGCGCAAAGCCGCUGGCACUGGGGCAGUGGCACAAGGUGACGGCCGAGCGCUUGAACAAAGAUGGCACCCUGCAGGUGGAUGAUGAGCGGCCCGUGAAGAGAUCCUCGCCUGGGAAAAGCCAGGGCCUCAACCUGCGCACCUCCAUGUACCUAGGGGGUGUGGACGACACUGUCCAGCUGCCUCCAGCCGCCAACGUCUCCGGACACUUCUAUGGCUGCAUUGGGGAGGUUUCAAUCAAUGGGAAGAAAGUGGACAUCUCAUACAGCUUCCUGGAGAGCCGGGGCAUCUCACAGUGUGUCGACAGCUCUCCCUGUGACCGCAGACCCUGCCAGCAUGGCGGCAAGUGCCUGGUCACAGGCGAAUAUGAAUUCCAGUGCCUCUGCCAAGAUGGCUACAAGGGAGAGCGAUGUGAGAUAUCUGAGGUCCAGUGCCGGCUCCAGCGCCCCUGCCUCCAUGGUGGUACAUGCAGAGACACCACCUGCGUCUGCCCUCCUGGCUUCCUAGGGUUGUAUUGCGAACACGAUGAAUCACAGCGCCCGUUCAAUGCUGAGUGGACACCCGAGGGCAGCGGAGGGAAUGAUGCUCCUGGGCAGUACGGUGCCUCCUUCCACGACGGCAGCUACGUGGCCCUUCCACCGCAUGCUUUUCCCAGGAGCCUUCCUGACUCGCCUGAGACGAUCGAGCUGGAAGUGCGGACCAGCUCCCCAAGUGGGCUCCUCCUCUGGCAGGGAGUGGAGGAAGGAGAAAGUGGGAAAGGAAAGGACUUCAUCAGCCUUGGGCUAAAAGACGGGCACCUGGUGUUUAGUUACCAGCUUGGAAGUGGGGAAGCCAACAUCUUCUCCGAAGACCCUGUGGACGAUGGCGAGUGGCAUCGAGUGACCGCUGUCAGGGAAGGGAAGAAAGGCUUCCUUCAAGUGGACGGCGAAGAGGUGAUCGUUGGGGAAUCUUCUGGCAAACACGUCAUGGUGAACACCAAAGGCCGCGUUUAUAUAGGAGGGGCGCCAGACAUCCAAGCGCUGACCGCAGGGAAGUACAUCUCAGGAAUCACGGGGUGCAUUAAGAAUGUGGUGCUGCUGAACGCGAGGCCCGGCCAGGAGCCCCACCAACCGGUUGACCUGCAGCAUCAUUCGGAGGUUGGCUCCAACAUCCAGGAGUGCCCUUCGUAGGCCGGGUCAGCCUCCGCCACACUCCUUGCUGUCCUUAUUUUUUCUUCCCCUGUCAUCAGGCCAAUUGAGAGACAUCUAUUAUUAUUAUUUUAUUAUUAUUAUUAUUAUGAAUUUUUUAAAAGAAACACAAAGGUGCUUUGCUGCUACCAAAAAAGCAGGGGAGGGGAGGGGGCGGGAGUUGGUGUGUGUGUUUUGUGUAAGUGACAGACCAAUGCGGGGGGCCCAUGUGUGCUCACAUCCCUCCCCAGCCCUCGCAAGGGGAAAGGAGAAGAUGCCACAAAGAUGCAACGGGUUUCCUACAGCACUGUGCCAAGGGACGCUGGAAGAGCCUGCUCAAGGAUGCCGGUGCGCCAAGGGGGGGCUCUUUUCUGUGCCGCCUCUGAGGCCAAAGAGCAGGUGAGGUCCCUGCGUGGCAGCUCCAGCUGGGCAAGGCUGACCAUGACCAAAGAUGCUCCAGCCCUUCUCUGGUCCUCAGAGAGGAAGGCCUCCUUGGCUGGGCUGGGAACCCCUGCGCCCAGUCCUCAGCACCACCCUCCUCUGGCCAGGCCAGGAGCCAAAGUGGCCAGCCGCUGCCUCCGCACUUGAGCAGAGCUUCUCCGCUCGAAGAGGCUCCCUGUCUUUGUAGUGACCGCCCUGCCCUAUGGCUUCAUCCACCCCUCUCUUUUGCUACCUGGACUGUGGGGCCAGGGCCAGGCGAAGGGCUUCUGGACAGCCCCCUCUAUUGCCCCCCUGCCCACCCAUCUCUUCUGUUGUUCAUGACCUGCUGCAGAGCCAGGACCCGGUGUGUGGCCUUGCCCCGGGUUCUGGAAAAGAGCGGGGAGUCCAGGACCAAGGGGGGCUCACUUCUUCCCACAAGGCAGAGGGGCCCUGGUCCUCCCUGCAGUCCCAAAGCUCCACCAGUGCCUUAUGAAACAUGGGGCCCUUCAGAGGACCCAUGCACUUUUAAAUUAUUUUUGCAAUAGGCAAUCCUCUAACUGCAGCCAGGCCCCCACAAACACACAGCCCCAGAGCCUGGCUGGGCUAGAGAAGGAGAGGCCCAUGGGGAAGGUGGGUCUGGGGGACACUGCAACGGGCCACCCUACCUCCUCUCCCUGCCAGAAGCCAAAGUGGGAGAGCUCUGGACCAGGCGACACAGAGGCACCAAUACCCCCAACUAGCCCAGAGAGUUUCUACUGCUCCACCUCAACCAGCCCCAAGACCACUGAGGAGGGCAGAUGGCGGAGCAGAGCCAGCCACAGGGGCCUUGCCAGCCACGCUUUGGGCUCAGGGGAAUGCCUUCCAGCCAGGCUUGUGUCUCUCUCUCCUCCUCUGGCUAGUUUGGACUUGGGCUGGGAGCCUUGGUGGCCAGCGGUCACUCUCUCCUGAACCAAUUGUCUGGAAGAAGAAGGCGCUGCCAUGCUCCCGUUCCCCCUGCCUUGAUCCUGCCUUGGCUUCUCCAGCCUCUGCCCCCCUUUUAUUCAUAUUUUUUCUUAAAUAAAUGGUGCUGAACCCCAA